AUGGCCUCCAAGUUUGACCAGGAAAUUAUGUACAUGUUGAAGAAAGAAAAACUCCGACCCACAAAGAAUGCUGGUUUUGAGGUGAGAAGUAUCCCUUUCCCGAAACCUCCUCGGCACAUCUUGGCCUGUGUGGAUCCUCAGGCACCUUGGGAAGAUUUUGUGAGGCAGUUAGCUGGCAAUGCAGAGGAGACCCCGCUACAAAGCGUGGGAAGAAACCAAAUGGCCGACGACGCAAGGAGGGCUUUCCCGAACGCAAGUAUAUCGCACACAACUCCUUCUACAGACGUGAGCUCAGAGGAAGUAAUAGACUCAAAGAUCGCUCGUGAGAAUAAUGCGGCUGAACCUUCCACAUGUCGCAGUGUCACUAAAUCCCGAGGAGACUCCAAAUUUGUAUUAACAGGACUUCACGCAUGCGGUGACCUUAGCAUAGCCAUGUUACGUCAUUUCGCCAGGUGCCCCAGUGUUGUUGGUAUCACGUCUGUAGCUUGCUGCUACAUGAAACUGACCACGUUGGAGAUGCCUCAGCCGCCUGGUGUUCUGUCGUCUGACUCGGACAUUCAGGAGUUUGGCUACCCGAUGAGCUCCUGGUUGUCCCUCCUCCCUGGGCACAAACUGUCCUAUAAAUCCAGAGAAGUGGCGUGUCACGCUAUAGAGGAUUACAUAGACCGCCUUAAAGGUGAGAGCGACAUCUUGAGAACUCAUUGUUACCGGGCUGUGUUGGAGACUGUGAUCCGAAGAGUGGAUCCUACCAUGAGACGCCGUGGGGUGCAGACCAUCAAAAAGGCACACAGACUUCCCUUUACUGAACUUGUUUUCUCUCCCCCUCCUCUCCCCUCCUCUUCUCUCUUCUCCCUUUGUCAAACUAAUUUUUUUCUUUGUCUCCUCUUUCUCUCUAUCCCUCUCUUUCUCUCCUCUCCUCUCCUCUUUUUUUUCUUCUCUUUUUCUCUUUCAGAAUCAUUCUUUCUAUCUCAUUCUCUCUCCCCAUCUCUCUCUCUCUUUCACUCUCCAUCAUGCUUUCUUGAAUCAUUUCUUGUCGCAUCAUACACCCAUCAUACAUCAUACCCCAUCAUAUCAUGUUCAUUUCUCUUUUAGGUACGCUAUGCAAGGCCUGGAACGUGUCGGGCUGGACCCCAAUACCCCCUUGGAUAAGGCCUCGGUGGAGCACAUGUUGUCUCAACAGCAGAACGUAGUGGUGUUCUUCAGCCUGGCUCUGCUGCUGGCCCCUCUGGUGGAGACCCUCAUACUCCUGGAUAGGAUGAUCUUCUUACAGGAGAAAGGAUUUCAGUGCGAGGCGAUCCCGCUGUUUCAGCCGCAGUUUUCUCCGAGGAACCUGGUUCUGGUCGCUGCAAAAUACAUUUCAGAUUUAGGCGAUCUUCUGGAGGAGAUGACAGCGAGCGACUCGGCAACGUAA